AUGAAAGGCCAAGGAGAAAAUGAGGAUCUGAUAAAGAAUGUGGUGAGAGGCUCUCCGAAGCGAAGUCCUGUACGAUUGGCGCGCCUAAAAAUGCUACAAAGCGCAAUCAAAACUCGCAAUUGUGACUUUCGAGAGCAGACGAACAAUAUAAGUUAUCGAUGCGAGAGACGAAGUGAUCGACUUGAAGGAUCUUUGAAUGAAAUCUUGGAGAACUUGGGACCGUUAGGAGGGCUUCGAGGUAGUGUUCUGAACGGUAGUAAAGCUCGGCUUAACGAGGAACCAAAGCCUAGCGAAGAUCGAGAAUACUACCGAAUUAGUGAUCGUAUUGGAGCAUUCUACACGCAAUCAGCUCGAGCUUUAACAAUUGAUAAAAUUUCUACUUUCACAAAGCGAGAACUGGAAAUGCCAGUAGCAAAAGCAAAGUUUUCUAUACGCUCACCAUCGAAAAUCAUGGCAAAGUGUCCCGCACUUGAACACAACUCCUUGGAAGAUUCUUCAGCAGUAAAAAAUUCUCUCAUACUAAGCGAAGAAUCAGAAGACAAGGUAUUAAUUCAACAGCUCAAUGGCGCCGUCGAUAGUUCGAGAAUAUACACUCGGCAUGUGGAAACCAGUCGCGGCAUCUUCUUAUCUCCGUCUCCUACAAAACCGAAUCGCCAGAGUCCCAGACCACGUUCACAGUUUGCGCUGGAUAUGAAGAAUAAGACACUACAUUUAGAGAUUAUGGAAACUAAUGCUCGAUUGUUUGAGGAUGAAAAGCGACAAUUUGUAACGACGAUGGAGAAUUACUGGAAGCACGUGGAUCUGUACAUUAUUGCAGCGAGAACAGUCCCAAUGCCUUCCGAGUGUCCUUCCCGCAUACUUCGACGUUUGCAAGUGCCAGCACCAACGGGAUUAAAUAAUGAAGCUGUUAAAAAAAUUGAUGAACAAAGUGAAGCGAUGAUUGCAGCAAUUUCUCAAGAAAUGUACGCAAAUUAUCACGAAGCAGUGGCUCGCAGUAUGCUUAAAUAUGAUCUUUUGAACGCGAGCACGUGCAUACGAUUACAGAUUAAUCCGUUGUACUUACAAGCAGAGCAGAAGUGGUGGGUUGAUGAAUCGUACCGCUCUUGGGACUGGCGUGUGUUGCGUCGCACUGGAAUUUACAGGGAACGGAUCGAAUUAGCACGAAGUCGACUACACCAGACUCUUUUUGCGAUCAAUCCAGUCACUUCUGCUCUUCAAGAGCAAUGGAUCAUGGAAACUCCUCCAUCUGAAUGGGAACUUGUACCCACUGGCAAACGAGCACCAUAUGCUACAAUUUUAUUCGUUGAGGUCCAUCGGCCAGAAUUUCAAGCAACUUUGCCAAAAACCGUCUUGCAUUUCGUUGAUACCAUUUCUAAACGAGCAAGUCUUGUGAAAGAUUGCUUGAAAACGUGUUGGGUGACAGCAGCAGCAGAUAGAGUUAACGACUGCGCGCUUCAACUGCAGUAUUACACUCUUCAAAGUAGCGAGCCGACGAUCAUGUCUAGUUUUGCUAACGGAUGUUUGAGUCGGAAAGAUGCAUGUAAUUCUCAAUCCAUUACAACUUGUUCUCCUAAGCGUAAAGCUCACCACAAACAUUUACGAAAAGGUUCAAUCGAAAAAGAUCGAUCGCAAUUUUUUCGACUAAAUAGUCCACCUCGAGAUAUCGAAACGGAAGAUUAUUCUCAAUUCAUUGGUGUUCUUGAUGCUGCAGCAGUAUUAAUGGCACGGAACUUGCGAGAGUCAGUAGAAACUUCGAUCACUAAAUUUGUGGACUUUAUUCGUCAAUAUUCAAAUCAAACUUUUACAGGGGAGUCGGCUUUGCUUCUUGGUGUCGAUUGCAUAACUACAAGCGAGAUUGUUGAUACAAACUCAAUUAUGUUUUUCAUUGACCCUUCUCCAAAUGUUUUGCGUGAGAAGAUUGCGUCUUGUGUCGAUGUGAUUGUCGAAGCGUCUCAUUCGCUUCCUCGAAUCGACAGUCAAACUCGACUUCCUCCUAAACUUUGUAAGUCGCGCCCUCUCGGACCAAGUACAAUGGCGUUAGAUGACAAAGUUGUCAUAAAAGCAAAGAAUACAUUGGCAGAACUGAUUGCUGAGCAUAUGCAUGAUCCUUCAGCUAUUCUCGCGCUUUUUGAACCGUACAAUUUCGUUAUUAGUGGUGAAUACGAAGCUAAAUUGGAGAAAUUGAUUGAAAGCAGUGACAAAGCUUUGCAAGGUGAGGAUGAAGAUGAGCCCAAGACGGUGUUUGAUAUUUUAAAAGGUUAUCGAAACGAGAUAAAGGAGCUUGAUCUUGUGGAGUCUCGUCUUAAAAAUGAAAUUUCAGAAAAGUACAGCUUUCGACUUUUAGCAAUUUCGUGCGCUGAAGUCAAAGUUAAGCUCGCGAACAAGAUGAAGGCUCUUGCACAGAGAUUGUUAAGUAAAGUUGCUGCAGACAAUUCAAAGAAGAUGAGCACUCUUAUUACCGAAUACGAACAAAUUGCCGCGACUCUCAUUGCGGAACCGAUCGAUUCUUUCGAACUGAAAGCUCUCCACAAAUUUUACAUCAGUAGCAUUAAAGUUAUUGAUACACUGAACACUAAAGUGUACGAAGAUGUCUGUCGAUAUAUUCAUUUCUUAAAAGAGUUUGAUUAUCAAAUGACUCGAGAAGACAUCCAACUUUUUUUUAAAACGUUUCGAUGGCCAGAGAAUAUCAAAGGAUUUCAAAGAAAAAGUAUGGAGCUUCAAGGCAAGCGACACCAUGAACUGGAGCUUAUUGUUGACGGACAACAAGAGCAACUUACGAAUCAAUUGGUAUCACUGCAGCGACGUAUUGAAAAGAUGCGAAAUUUCGCAAAUUUAACCGACUCAGACAGUAUCUUACGACGAAUUGAGGCUGUGCGAAAAGGUUUGGAAGAAGCUGAAGCUGAGGCCGAAUUGAUUCAAGAGCAAGAAACGAUGCUGGAAAAAACGGGCUCAGAUAACCAGACAACAUUGACCGAUCUGCACAAUAUGUUGAGUCCAAUUGACAAAUUGUGGUCUACAAUCGCUCAGACAAUGGACAAGAUGACAUUAAGUCGCUCGGCCCCACUUGCGUCCGUGAAUGCCGAAGAGAUUGAGCGCGAUUGUGAUCAAUUCCGGCGUACAAUUGGAAAAAUUCUCAAAGAGUGUGAACAAAAUACUGAAGUAUAUAGUGUGGCAAUAACUAUGGCUCAAGAAGUUAAAAAUCGUCUCGAUGAUAUGUUUGAAAACGUCCUUCCAUUGAUGAUGUUAGUAUGUACCCCUGGAAUGCGUGAACGACAUUGGAAUGAUAUUGAACGAAUUACGGGCAUCCACGUGAAUGUCCAUAGCAAGUCGAAUAUUAAUCAAAUGAUAGAGCUAGGAUUGCAUCGAUAUACUAGUGCGAUCGAAGAAACAUGCGUGAAUGCAUUCAAGGAAUAUUCGUUAGAAAAAGCACUGGACAAAAUGGCUUCCGAAUGGGUGGGUGUGAACUUUGAGACAAAGACAUACAGGUCUACUGGGACCUCGAUCUUGUGCUCGACGGAUGAGAUUCAGCAGGUAAUUGAUGAUCAAAUAGUCAAAACUCAAUCGAUGCGUGGCAGUCAAUAUAAUAAACCGUAUUUGGAACGCAUUUUGAAAUGGGAGAAGAUGCUCAUUUCGAUCCAAGAUAUCAUGGAUCAUUGGAUCAAAGUGCAAGCUACGUGGCUGUAUUUGGAACCAAUUUUUAGCUCGGAAGAUAUUAUGCGUCAGAUGCCAAUCGAAGGUGCUCUCUUUCAAAAAGUGGAUGCAAAUUGGCGACGCAAUAUGCAAGAUACAGUGGCCUUUCCAGCCGUAUUGACAGUUGCAAAGCGAUCUGACUUGCUACCAAGUCUUCAGCAAUCAAGCUUGGACUUGGAUGCAAUUCAAAAAGGACUAAAUGAUUACUUGGAGACAAAAAGAAUUUACUUUCCGCGUUUUUUCUUCUUGUCCAACGAUGAGCUACUUGAAAUCCUUGCUGAAACUAAAGAUCCACUUCGCGUACAACCCCAUUUAAAGAAAGCGUUUGACGGUAUUAAUCAGCUGGAGUUUCAAAAAAAUCUUGACAUUUCUGCGAUGUUGAGUCCUGAGAUGGAAAAAGUACCGUUUCAUUACGAAAAAAUUGCUCAAAAGCGCAUAAAUCCAACUCAAUCCGGCGGUAAUGUUGAAAUUUGGCUCGAAGAAGUCGAAAUGGCCAUGAAAAAGAGUGUCGCGUUUUAUUUAGAUGAAUCAAUAGUGGAGUAUUCGACCAAAGAGCGCUUAGAAUGGGUGCAGCAGUGGCCAGGACAAGUGGUUUUAGCUGUUAACCAAACUAUGUGGACGCAACAGAGUGAAAAAGCACUUUAUAACUGUGCAACUGACUCGAAGGCACUUAAAAAUUACUUGGAUAUACUACGCACAGAGUUAAAGCGAACAGUUGAGAUGGUCCGCGGUGAAUUACCAAAAUUGAUUCGGAUAACUUUAGGAGCUUUAGUUGUGAUGGAUGUUCACAAUCGCGAUACAAUUGCUGAAUUAGUUGAGCUUAAGAUUAUCGAUCCAACGGCUUUCGAUUGGCUUGCUCAACUUCGAUACUAUUGGAUCCAAGGACGAGUAUCAGCUACAAGUGGCAAGCCUCAUACUCUGGAAUGUCGUAUGAUCAAUACACUUGCCUUAUACGCGUUUGAAUAUCUUGGAAAUAGUAUGCGAUUAGUUAUUACACCACUCACCGACAGGUGUUAUCGAACUCUAACUGGGGCCAUUCACUUGAACCUUGGGGGGGCUCCCGAAGGUCCAGCUGGCACGGGCAAGACAGAAACAACGAAAGAUCUAGCAAAAGCCAUUGCCAUACAAUGCGUAGUUACAAAUUGCUCGGAUGGUCUGGAUUAUCUGGCAAUGGGAAAAUUUUUUAAAGGACUUGCAAGUUCUGGUGCUUGGGCAUGUUUCGACGAAUUCAAUCGAAUUCAGCUCGAAGUGUUGUCAGUCAUUGCGCAACAAAUCCUUUGCAUACAAUUGGCUAAAGCCCAACAUGUUGCUACGUUUGUGUUUGAAGGGACCGAACUGCGAUUAAAUCCAACGUGCUGCCCGUUCAUUACAAUGAAUCCUGGCUAUGCUGGACGAGCGGAAUUGCCCGAUAACCUCAAGGUACUCUUUCGCACAGUGGCCAUGAUGGUACCGGAUUACGCCAUGAUUGCAGAGAUUAUGCUGUAUUCGUAUGGAUAUCUUGAUGCUAGUGCUUUAUCCAAAAAGAUUACGACAACGUAUACUCUCUGUUCGGAGCAACUAUCGUCCCAAUCUCACUAUGACUAUGGUAUGAGAGCUGUCAUGGCUGUUCUUCGAGCUGCUGGCAACUUAAAGCGAGCAGAAGCUCAUCUACGGGAAGAUACGUUGGUUUUACGGUCAAUCAUUGAUGUCAACCUACCGAAAUUUUUAUCGCCAGACGUCCCUUUGUUUCAUGGCAUUGUUUCGGAUCUAUUUCCAGGUGUAAAAAUUGACCCUCCUGACCGACGAGAUAUGCUUAGUACAAUCGAUUUUGUCUGCAAACAACUAAACUUGCAACCUGUGCCAAAUUUUGUUGAAAAAGUGAUUCAAAUGUACGAAAUGAUGCUUGUUCGUCACGGAUUUAUGGUGGUUGGAAUGCCGUUCUCCGGUAAGACAUGCGCUUGGCGAGUCUUGUCGGAAGUUUUGGCUUCUUUGCAUCAGCAAUUUCCAAACGAUUCUCGAUACACGAACGUAGCUAUAAGCGUUAUUAAUCCAAAAUCAGUGACCAUGGGGCAACUCUAUGGCCAGUUCGACGCUAUUUCACACGAAUGGAAUGAUGGUGUCCUUGCAAUAAAUUAUCGAAAUCUUGCCAACAAUCCAUCGUUAGAUCGCAAGUGGCUACUGUUUGAUGGACCAGUUGAUGCCGUUUGGAUUGAAAAUAUGAAUACAGUGCUAGAUGACAAUAGAAAAUUGUGUUUGAUGAGUGGUGAGAUCAUUGCCAUGAGUCCCGUCAUGAGCAUGAUGUUUGAACCAAUGGAUCUACUUGUUGCAUCUCCUGCGACUGUGUCCAGAUGUGCUGGGGACGGAAGCAAGGAGCCAGUGAGCGGUCCGUUUGAAAUCAAUUUUGAUCAACGAAAGCUCAUUUUUUUUCUUUUUUCGUGGCUUGUUGAGCCGUGCAUUGCUUUUGUUCGAAAAGAAUUAACUGAGCUCUCACCGACUGUUGAUUCUAAUCUUGUUCAAAGUCUCAUUCACAUCUUGGAAGCACAACUUUCGAAACUUCCAAGAGAUGCAAGCUCAAAAAAAAAGGCAACGAUUGAAUCUCUUUUCGUCUUCUCAUUGGCGUGGUCGGUAAGCGAGAGCAUUAAUGCUGAAGGUCGACUCAAGUUGUGUAACUUUGUUCGCGCAAUUAUGGACGAUUUGUCGGCACUAGAGACAAAAUUCUCCGCUAUUAAUCGAGCACUCCAAGUUCGUAAAUGGGAGAAACCAGCGUUUGACGAUGGAAAAUCAACGUACACUUUGGCCAUUCCAGUGCCUAUUAACGGUAACCUGCAUGACUAUUAUUUUAGUCUUGAUGAAACCAAAUGGUGCAAAUGGGAAGAAAGGCUCAAGCCGUAUGUGAUUCCACCCAAUACGCCGUUCAACCAGAUUGUUGUACCAACCAUCUUUACAGCUCAAUUGGAAUAUCUGGUGCAGCUAUUAGUAUCAAACAAGAGGAAAAUAUUGGUGUGUGGCCCAACAGGAACGGGCAAGUCUUGCUACAUGACGUCGAUUUUAAAUGAAGUUCUACCUCAAGAUCAAAAUUCCAUCAUCAUGUUGUCAUUUUCAGCUAAAACGUCUGCAAAUAUGACGCAAAAUAUCAUUGACGGAAAAGUUGAUAAGCGGCGGAAAGGCGUGUUUGGACCACCAGUGGGCAAGAAUGCAAUAAUCUUUGUUGAUGAUCUUAACAUGCCAUUGGUUGAAGCGUACGGUGCUCAGCCCCCAAUUGAGUUAGUUCGACAACUCAUUGAUAACGGAGGAUAUUACGAUCUUAAAGAUAUGUCGUGGCGCAAAAUUGUCGACACAAUCGUUCUUGCAGCAAUGGGACCUCCGGGUGGUGGACGAAACCACAUCACUCCUCGCUUGUUGCGACAUUUUAACUUGCUGUGCUUUUCUGAAUUUGAUAACACGACACUCAUUCGUAUCUUUACCACGAUUUUAGAUUGGUAUUUUAGCUCUCAUCCCUUCAAUUCCGAGGUAACACGAUUGUCCGAAACUGUAGUUUCUGCCACUUUAGAGCUGUAUCAAUCCGCGAUGAUGUCACUCCUUCCGACUCCUCAGAAGUCACAUUAUACUUUCAACUUACGCGAUUUCUCGCGAAUUGUACAGGGUAUGAUGUUAGUCGUCCCAAACGACGAGUUUCGUACCACCAGUUUGGUCAAAGUAUGGGUACAUGAAUCAUUACGAGUGAUCGGGGACCGAUUAAUUGACGAGGACGAUCGUGAGUGGUUCAGUACGACGCAAAAGAACAUUGUGCUGAAACACUUUGCGACAAAUUUCGAUCAAGUUUUUGUAAGUUUAAAACGUGGUCAAGAAGGUCCGGUGACUCACGUGGAUAUGCGCAAUCUAUUUUUUGGCAAUUACGUCGUUUCGAACGCAAGUCCACGGCAGUAUCAAGAAGUCGAUGUUCAUCUUGACACAACUUUUGAUGGUAUCGCUCACCUUAUCCAGUGUUUCGAACGAUACUUGACCGAGUACAACAGCAUGAGUCGAAAACCGAUGAAUUUAGUCAUGUUUUUAUUCGCGAUUGAGCACUUAUCGCGGAUUGCUCGCGUUUUGAACAUGCCCGGUGGUAAUGCUCUGCUUGUUGGUGUAGGUGGGAGUGGACGACAGAGCCUUACGCGUUUGGCGGCGUUUAUUGUUGAUUUUGACCUUCAACAGAUUGAAAUUUCAAAGAAUUAUACAAUGAAUGAGUGGCGAGAAGACUUGAAAACAGUCCUACGAAGCGCUGGGACUGGAGCUCGACCCGUCGUCUUUUUAUUUAGUGAUACUCAAAUCAAGUACGAUGGAUUUGUGGAAGAUAUCAACAAUAUGCUCAACUCAGGAGAGAUUCCUAAUUUGUUCAUGUAUGAUGAAAUUGUCGGUCUUUGUGAAGCUGUUCGUCCUCAUGUGAAGGAAAAACUGGGAAAAAUUGUUGGGGAUAAUCUGACUCAGCCUCAAUUAUAUGCGUUUUUUCGACAGCGAGUCCGAAGUAAUCUACACAUUGUACUUGCGUGCUCACCCAUUGGAGACGCUUUCCGGGAUCGAUUGCGCAAGUUUCCGUCGUUAAUUAACUGCUGUACGAUUGACUGGUUUACUGCUUGGCCAUCCGAUGCGCUUGUAGCUGUGGCGGAGAAAUUCUUAGCGGAUGUUGCAAUGGACAGUGUAAACAUUCGCAAUGCUAUCGUCGAUACUUGUCAAUUCUUUCAUGUUAGCAUUACGAAACUUUCCGAUCAAUUCUUAAAAAAUUUACGUCGUAAGAACUAUGUAACACCGACAUCGUAUCUAGAGCUCAUUGUGGCUUUUAAGGGGUUUCUUUUGCGUCGGCGUGAGGCUGUAGAAUGUGCUCGGAGUCGUUACGUGAUUGGUCUGGAUAAAAUCAGUUUUGCUGAAUCCAACGUAGCGGUGAUGCGAGCCGAGUUGGAAGAUCUGCAACCUGUUCUUGAUCAGUCAACAAAAGAUACCGAUAUGUUGAUGUUUGAGAUCAAAGCCAAGCUUCCUGGCGUAGAAAUUCAACGCAGUGAAGUGCAAGCUGAUGUAGCCGUGGCUGAUGCUUCGAAAGCUGAGUGCGAACACCAAAAAGCAAGUGUUGAGGCUGAUUUAGCCGAAGCUAUUCCAGCUUUAGAAGAAGCAUUAAAAGCUUUGGAUACGAUCAAACCAAGUGAGAUAAACGAAGUGAAAGCGAUGAGUAAUCCACCUGCAGGUGUUAAGUUUGUAUGUGAAGGUGUUUGUGUCAUGUUAGGUAUUAAACCAGCUCGUAUUCCCGACCCGCAAGAUCCAUCUAAGCGUAUAAUGGACUUUUGGGGACCUUCCCAAAAAAUGUUGAGCGAUCCAACUUUCAUCACGACACUUAAAAAGUUUGACAAGGACAAUUUGGACCCGAAAACCAUGAAACUUGUCGUUAGCAAAUAUAUCUCCGACGAAAAUUUUAGUCCCGAAAAAGCAGAAAAGGCUUCGAAAGCAGCGGCAGGUUUGUGCAAAUGGGUCCAUGCAAUGGCGUUAUAUGACAACGUCUCAAAGGUUGUGGCACCUAAACGUGAGGCACUGCGAGUAGCCGAAGAAGAGCUUGCUGAAGUGAUGCAGAAGCUCAAUGAAAAGUUAACACAAUUGAAAGACGUUGAAGAAGAUCUUGCAGCAUUGCAACGGCAAUUUGAUUUGGCUACAAAGCAAAAGGAAAAUUUAGAGUUCCAGGUGGAGUUGACCGGUAAAAAGCUCGUGCGUGCGUCGACACUGAUUGAAAGUCUUGGCGGAGAAAAGACGCGCUGGACAGAGUUUGCGGAGCAAUUAGUGGAUCAGUACAGUAGAUUAACUGGAGACGUCUUGAUUUCCGCGGGAGUCGUUGCAUAUCUUGGACCCUUUACAUCAGUCUAUCGACAAGAUGCUGUGCACGGCUGGGUCAAUCGCUGUAAGCAGCUUGAGAUUCCAUGCAGUGAUUUUCCGUCGCUAAAUGGGUCACUCGGUGACGCUGUAAAAAUUCGAAAGUGGAAACUUGAUGGUCUUCCAACUGACGGGUUCUCGAUUGAUAAUGGCAUUAUUGUCUUUAAUUCCCGUCGAUGGCCAUUAAUGAUUGACCCUCAAGGACAAGCAAACAAAUGGAUUCGGAAUAUGGAAAAAGAUAAUCAAAUGAAAGUUAUUAAACUCACAGAUGGCGAUUAUAUGCGAACGCUCGAGAACUCUGUUCAAUUUGGUACACCAGUAUUGCUCGAGAAUAUUGGUGAAGAGCUGGAUCCGUCACUUGAACCCUUGCUUUUGAAACAAACAUUCAAACAAGGUGGAGUCACGUGCAUUCGUCUCGGGGAUACUACGGUGGAGUAUGCCGAAAGCUUUCGGUUUUACAUGACGACCAAGUAUCGGAAUCCUCAUUAUCUACCUGAAGUCUCUGUGAAAGUGACUCUAGUAAAUUUCAUGAUCACUCCACAUGGUCUGGAAGAUCAGCUUUUGGGGAUUGUUGUAGCUCAAGAGCGGCCGGAUUUAGAAGAGCAAAAGCAUCGAUUAAUUGUUCAAAAUGUACGAAAUAAGGGUCUUCUAAAAGAAAUUGAAGACAAGAUUCUGUCCAUUUUAUCUUCGUCGCAAGGAAAUAUUCUUGAAGAUGAAGAAGCAAUUAAUACCAUGAAUCAGAGUAAAACUGUUGCUGAUGCCAUCCAAAAAGAACAACAAGUUGCUGAAAAGACAGAGCUAGAGAUCGAUUCGGUUCGUCAAGGGUAUCAACCUGUGGCUUACUCAAGCCAGGUAUUAUUCUUUUGCAUAGACCAGCUUGCAAACAUUGAGCCAGUAUACCAGUACUCACUUUCAUGGUUCAUCAAUUUGUUCAUUGCCAGCAUUUUAAACAGCGAACGCUCUCCAGAUCUUACGCAGCGCCUUCGUUACCUUGACAACCACUUUACUUUCUCCCUUUAUCGUAAUAUUUGUCGCUCGUUACUGGAAAAAGAUAAACUCAUGUUUUCCUUUGUGUUAUGUACAUCCAUCAAGCAAGGAAAACAUGAAAUCGAAAGCAAUGAAUGGUAUUUUUUGCUCACUGGAGGUGUUGCUCUCUCUGAACCCCCUUCAAAUCCAAUUAAAUCAUGGUUGAGUGACCAACAAUGGGCAGAAUUUUCUAGACUUAGUACGUUACCAGCCUUCAACGGCAUUCUUGAGGAUUUGGUUGAUCACGAAAACCAAUGGAAAGCUAUCUAUGACAGCUCCGUCGGUCAUACUCUUCCCUUCCCGGGCACAAUAGGAAAAAAAUUAGAGUUUCAUCGUCUUUUGAUUCUCCGAUGUAUUCGUCCAGAUCUCCUCGUAGUUGGUAUUCAACAAUUCAUUGCUAAUGAAAUGGGGGACAAGUUUGUUAAGCCUCCACCAUUUGAUUUGGCCCGUUCCUUCACGGAUAGUAGUGUGUCGUCUCCUUUAGUCUUCAUCUUAUCCCCUGGAUCCGAUCCAAUCAGUUCGGUGUUGAAAUUCGCCGAUUCAAUGCAUCAAAAGAUCGAGACAAUUUCACUCGGACAAGGUCAAGGUCCGAUCGCCGAACGUAUGAUUGAACGCGCACGAGAGGCUGGGUCGUGGGUUGUGCUUCAGAAUUGCCACUUGGCUCCAAGUUGGAUGCCAGUUAUGGAAAAGAUUGCAGAGGACAUCACACUUGAAAACACGCUCCCCGAUUUUCGAUUAUGGUGUACCACGUAUCCAUCGGAUGUGUUUCCACCCGCCGUGUUGCAAAACGGAGUCAAAAUGACAAAUGAACCUCCACAAGGUCUUCGAGCCAAUCUGUUGGGCUCGUAUCUAUCCGAUCCAAUUGCUGAGAUUGGAUUUCUAGACGCAGUGAAACAAGGUCCUGCAUUUCGAAUCCUUCUUUAUUCGCUAUGUUUUUUCCAUGCUUUGGUGCGUGAACGGCGUCAAUUUGGUCCUCUAGGAUGGAACAUUCCGUAUGAAUUCAAUGAGUCGGACUUGAGUAUCAGUAUUCGUCAACUAGCAAUGUUUAUUGAUGAAAACGAGCAGUUACCACUACGUGCGUUAAAUUAUUGCACUGGUGAGUGCAACUAUGGUGGACGUGUGACGGAUGAUAAAGACCGACGGACGCUCAUGUCACUUCUUAGCAGAUUCUACUGUCAGAACGUGGUUGAAGACGGCUAUGCGUUUGAUGAACACGGGGUAUACACGGUACCAAAUGAUGGAGACUAUGACUCCUAUCUGAACUUUAUUGAGAAUUUGCCUCUAGUAGCUUCUCCUGGAGUCUUUGGACUUCAUGACAAUGCUACAAUUACAAAAGAUCAAAAUGCUUCUAUGAAACUCUGUCAUGAUGUCUUGCUAACCGAAAGUUCGAGUGGUGGGAAAGAAGGGAGUAAUGGAUCAUCUCAAGAAACGCUUGUUGAUGUAGUAGCGAGCGAAAUACUGAUUCGUUUGCCAUCAAAUUACGACAUGGAAGUUGCUCAGCUUCGAUACCCCGUACGAUGGGACGAGUCAAUGAACACUGUACUGUGCCAAGAACUCGUGCGCUUUAAUACCCUCCUGUCGACAAUUCGAUCUAGUCUUGAAAGCUUACGAAAAGCAUUGAAAGGUCUUGUAGUCAUGUCAGCAGAGCUUGAGAAUGUUUCGAAUAACUUGUUUUACGGUAAAAUUCCACUUCACUGGGCAUCAAGAUCCUAUCCUUCGCUCAAACCACUUGGAAGUUACGUCACUGAUCUUUUGGAUCGUCUUUCGUAUUUUAACAAUUGGCUGUUGAACGACCCUCCCGUAGUGUUUUGGCUCUCUGGUUUUUUCUUUACGCAAGCUUUUUUAACUGGAGCUAGUCAGAAUUAUGCUCGAAAACACACGGUACCUAUUGAUCAAUUGGGUUUUGACCACGAACCAAUGCCGCAGACUGAAUACGAACAACCACCAAAGGAUGGAGUUUACGUACGUGGGUUAUAUCUUGAAGGUGCGAAAUGGGAUAAAAAUUCAACUGCACUUGUCGAAUCAGACGCGAAAGUACUAUUUUCCCUCGCGCCCGUAUUACUAUUUCGCCCAACAAAAAAAUCGGCCUUGAGUCAACGUUUGACAUAUUCGUGUCCGGUUUACAAAACAAGCGAGCGACGAGGUACGCUGUCGACUACUGGGCACUCAACAAACUUCAUUUGCUUCAUUCGUUUGCCAACGAUCAAGCCAGAGACGCAUUGGGUCGCACGUGGUGUAGCCAUGCUCUCUCAAUUGGAUGACUAG